CAGCUGUAAAUGUCAUUGAAUAUCAGAGAAGUUGAAACAGCUCUCUCUGUUUUUUUGUAGGGUUAUUGUUUCUCGUGGCUUCUAGAAUAACACAGGUCCAGACCAAGUCAGAGGAGAAUGUUUCCUUACCAGGAAAACCUGCCACCUCGUAUAGCCUGAGGUCCAGGGUGCCUUUGGGAAGUGCAGCAAACAAACUGAACAACAACGCCAAAGGAAUUAAACAAAUAUGGGUGUCCACGUCAAACCAGCUCAAUGUAAGCAGAGCGCUACUGAAAGUGACCAUGUUAUUUCAAAGAAGGACAAGGAGAGCACUGGGGCUGGCAACUGUGACAGAGAGGGAAGGUUGAAGCCGGGCUUGGCUGUAGUCAUAUGCAUCAAUACUCUAUGUAAAUGUCUCACGUUAGUCCAAUAUGCUCAAAUCUGAGUUGUCAUAUUCUUCAUGGAUGUUGUGCACUAGUUUUCUGUAGUUCAGCUUCACGGAGUAUUCCAUCCACUUCUCUAUAUCAUGUUGUUCUUUAGGCCAAGCCCAUUCCAGCUGCCCCUGAGAGUAGCCUCAGAGCCAAGAGACCACUUGGGUCGAGGGGCUCAAUGUGCCACAGGCCUUCUCACAUGCCCUGCUCAACAUCCCAGAUGUGGACUCUGCAGAUGCAGACGCCUCCUCGCUGUGCAGUGACUAUGUGAAGGACUUUUACGCUUAUCUAAGGAACCUGGAGGUUUUUAAAUUGGACUCCUCUCAACUCUCUUGUUCUGAGCCUAAUUGAAUUUCAUGUGAUUUUUAUUUAUUUGGGUUGUCAAGAAGCGGCAACACCUGUUAACCUUUUUCACUACGUUGACCAUUAUUAUUCAAGAUCCUGUGUCUUGCCACAGACCCGUCUCUUAAUGUCUGACCGGUUGCCAUGGCUAUCAACCCUAUCUGGAGGGUUGUGAUGUGACUGGGAGCGUGUGGAGUAUUCUAGUUGACUGGCCGGUACAUGUCCAGAGGCAGGUGACUGCACUGUUGGCAUCAUCGACCGCUUUCUCCAGACCCCAGCCCUGCAGCACUACAUGGGCUACACAGAGGUCUCUCUGCUACCUGUGAUGCAAUGCAUUGCCAAGAUGCUGGAGCGCUUGAAUGAUGGCGACAUGAAACAGUUGUCAAUUAAGCAGAAGUAUGAAAACGUCAAGCUACUCCGGGUCAGCUGUCUCCCAGAGCUGGCAUCUACCAGGGCUUACGCCUACAUUAACAAACUGGCCAACUGUCACUGUUGACACAUUAUUUACCCCAUGUUUUUAGCUUUAAAAAAAAACAAAUGUUUAGUAAGUCUUUAGUUUUCAAUGGUUUGUCUUGAUUUUAAAAAGCAAGAUUAAUACGUGAUAUGUUGUCAUGGUAUUGGUAAAAAAUACUGCUAAUGUGGGCUGUUGCUGUGAUGCGUCUCCAUCUAAAGGAAAUAAGACUUGUCUGUGCUCGGAUUGCAAAGUCAAUUAGUUUACCACAUGAUCUCAAUGUCCUUCUGAUGGGGGAGCAGACCUUGGAGAGACUUAGUUUUCUUCUCUCUCUGCAGUUCCAUUCAUUCCAUUGUCCUCCCAAGUAAUGCUGAAUCGCCCCUAUUCUUCGGUCUGCUCCACAAUUCAUCCAUCUUGGUUGGAACGUGAGUUAGCGGCAGUGAUCCUUUGGCAAUGCAGUUCCAGACAAGUACACACAGAAUGUAGUUUACAAAGUGUGAUAGUGUAGGAGCUAAAGUUUUCAUUGAAUACGGGUUAUUAUAGAUUAUAUUCAUUACAGAUUUUCCCCUCUGUGGGAGCAUAGCCCAAUACUCUUCUCUAAACUUUUCUGUAAGGGAGGGAUUUGUGGAGAGAUGCGUGCCUGCACUAACCUCUCUCCUCACUGUUCAGUUGCAAUGCAUUUGCAAUGCUUCAAUGACCAUCUGGACAUGAAAGUGGUGUAGUUUGCAUGAGCAGGGCAUUUUACCCUUAAGUCCAACUACUGUAAUUGAACAAUCCUUGGUCUUGCAUACACAUGGACACUAAGAGGGACAAGAAACUCCCAUGUUACUGAAUGAAGGCAGCCUACCUGUACUUCACUGGAUUCUCAUCCACAUUAUAAAUCAUUGAAUGAGCUUUUUGGCCUUGUGGUUGUGUAGUCUACAUUUUGUCAUUGUACUUCAUUUGUACACUAGUUGGCACUGUAUGAUGGGUCACUAGGCACACAGGUGACCAGGAAGUCGGAAUGCACAGGUAUGCAGUUCUUAGUAUGCUCGCUGUUUGCACCUUGGAACAAUUAUAUGCUCCUACAGUAAUCAGGUCUGCCUGUAUGAAAUGGAUUUUAAAAUUAUUUUUUCUCUUUUAAAUGGGCAAAAACCCAUCCAAUAUCUACCACUAAAUAUCAGCUUUGCACGCGUUUUAAACAUUUGUAAUCCCAAUGGUUAGUGGCUCAGGGACUUUUUUAUAAGUAAAACCAAGCAUUUAGUAGGCUAAAUUAACAGUCCGGUAGGUGGCAGUGAUUGUUCUUCGGUAUGGGGACAGGGAAACGUAUCCCACGCUUGCAAAAGCGCUCUCCCAUGUUGCGUAGCGGAGAGGACUCGCCACAGCCAAAGAGCGCUCUGCUGUGAGAGCGAAAGUGUCAGAGUUGCGGUAGCUCAGAAAGUGCAUGGGGCUGCGUUCGUCAGUGGACACUGCGCUGACCAAGAGGAGUAGGAGCCGGAUAAACAUUUCAGAAGCCAGUCGAUGUGACCUAUAGGAAAAACAACGCACAAGAAAACAGGGGGCUAUUGUCAGGAAAGGUGCAACGAAAUAUUUAAAUAGACUUGUGAGCAAUGCACUGGCAGCAUGGCCAGAUGGUUCAGGGAACACCUAGGAUUCAAAACUACCAAAGCACCACCUCCGGCGCCCCCGAAACCAGACUACAGAUACUGUCACGCCGCUGUGACCGGUACGCUUGGCUACCAACAACCAAGCUCCGGGGCCACCUCUCUCUAUCCAAGCCCCGCACAGCCGGACAUUCUUGCUGCUUACAAACUACAAAAGGAACUGGACUUCGAAGAUCCGUACACGGGAGGAGGAAAUAUUUCGUUUGGAACUGGUCUGGGCUCUGGGGGGUCGCCGGACAUAAAGUAUGUGUCACCAAAGCACCGGCUUAUAAAGGUGGAAACAAUCGAGAAAAGCAACUCUGCUCCGGGCAGCGGUAUCAUAGCCCAAGCUGUUGCUGUUGGGAACGUUAAAUCUCCCACGUCACCGCCUCCUGAAAAUGAGAAUAAAGAAAAGCUCAUUAUCCUGGAUGACUAUGCAGACCCGUUUGAUGCGGAGCAGGACGGGGGGACCCAGGCCACCACAGAGAAGGUGACCCAGGCCAGCACAGAGAACGAUGGCUACAUGGAGCCCUAUGAGGCCCAGAAGAUGAUGGCAGAGAUCCGCGGUGGCCGGGGGCCUAAGGAGGGGUCACUGAGAUCGCUGCCCCUGUACGACACGCCCUACGAGCCAGCUGAGAACGGAGGGGACUCGGACGGCGAGCGUCCCCGCUGCCCCAGAGAGAGUCGGCUACCGCAGGACGACGAGAGGCCCCCGGAGGAGUACGACCAGCCCUGGGAAUGGAAGAAAGAGCGCAUCUCCAAGGCUUUCGCAGCUCUGCUCUGUUCUGACUGCAUUAGCUACAAGGGCUCUGUAAGUGGCAGUGGAUCAGAACCAGAGACAAGGAUGGACAACACCUCUAAAUCCCUCACAGUCCAGUUUGAAGGGGUGGAGAAGUCCAGAAUGUCGCCCACCAGGGAGGGUAAAGGAGGGCGUCCGCCCCGCAUCCACUCCAGUUGCUGUCUGGUCAACACCAAGAUGACCUCUCUGGACCACUGCAGUGCUGCUCUGGGGGAACGCAUUGACCCCUCCAUGUCCCUGGAGAGCCAAUUCUGGUACCAUGGAGCGAUCAGCAGGACGGAUGCAGAGUCUCUGCUGAGGCUGUGUAAGGAGGCCAGCUACCUGGUGAGGAACAGUGAGACCAGCAAGAACGACUUCUCCCUCUCACUCAAGAGCAGCCAGGGCUUCAUGCACAUGAAGCUGUCGAGGACGAAGGAGAACAAGUACAUCCUGGGUCAGAACAGCUGUCCCUUCGACAGUGUCCCCGAGAUCAUCCACUUCUACUCCAGCCGCAAGCUGCCCAUCAAGGGGGCCGAGCACAUGUCCCUGCUCUACCCCGUGGCCAUCAGGACACUAUAGUGACACGUCCUUCCCCAAAGGUCACACAGGGGUCAGGGGUCAGAUGCCCUCUCCUGCCACCUCCCAUGGGAAACCCUGUCACUCUGCCUUUCUCCUUCUGUAUGAUUGGUCUGAAGGACAGAGUUCAAGUUGGCGGAGGAGGCAGGGAUGAUGAUGAUGAUGAUAACACAGCUCACCUGUCAUCACCCACCUGAUCCCAGACCAGCUAUUAACUUUUUGUUUGUACUUGCUACAACAUUAUCAUUGCAUCAUUGACUGACACAUUAUCUGCUGACGAGCAUUGUUUCACUGAUCCCACAGCUGCUUCCUCAACAGUAUCACUCUGUACCAAUCUCCUCCACACAAGACCUGUUCAUAUUGGAUUUGGCUCCAUGUUAUGCUGAAAGUGUUUAUUUAGUGAGGGGAAGCUAAAGAUUGUAAUGUCCUUUAUAAAGGAAGUGGGGAAGGCACAUUAAUGUAUUGGAGUUGGGUUAUAUAUGGGCACUCUACAGUGGCCGGCAAACUCAAUAAACCUGCCCUGUGGGAAUACCUUACCCAUCAGUGCAACAACAGUUUAGUGUUUAAGUGCUGUAAGGUCUACAGACUGACGUCUGUCUCUGUCUAAUCCCGGGACUGUAAUUUCUGAUAUCCUUCACCACGGGUGUCCCAUUGGUAGGACAGUGUAAGUACAGCUCUGGUUUGACAGUCAGCAGACUGAUAGAUGGAUAACUAUGUUACACAGCAGUAGCACCAUUGGCUAAAUGAGCCAGAGAUGGGUGCCUAGUCUCAAAAUGGGCUAAAUUACCUUCCCAAUCUGCCAUCAUCUUUGUAUGGGUAGAAUGGAAUAUGCCUGCAUUGUCUACCUCAGAAAAUCAAUUUCAUUCGUGAAUCUGCAGAUCAAUAGGUACAAUGGGAUUGCAGAUAUUGAUCCAACCCCCACAAUGCAACUCCGAUUUCCAACAAAUUGCAUCUAUGGUUUAAGAAUAUGUUUUUGCAUAAACCAGUCAAUCAGAUAAUGUUUUUGUUAAAAACGACAUUUUACAGAUCAGCAUUUGUAUGUAUAGUCACUAUGAAAUUGUGUGAUGUCCGUAACAAAUGUUUGGUUAAAUGCCUUAUAAUGCAUGGGUUGAAUCAGUCGGAUUAGAUCCGCUGAUUUCUAGAGUUCUGCUUCUUUCAACGAUUGUUCUGUGACUGUAAUUUAUUCUGGGGUAAUUCUUAUUAUUACAGAUGUGUUACUCCUCUCUGUGAAGGCCUGCCUCGUGGCAUCCAGGACUCACUAUUCUCUGCCAUGUGAUCGUGUUUGGCCAGAGCUUAAAUACCCCGGACCUGGUCUCAUAUACUGUGGUGCUUCGCUUUGUGUUUUAGUCAGUUCUGCUUCAUGUGUCCAACUGCCUCUGACUCUGACUCACUGAUGAGUGAUGGUGUCUCGUGACCAAUGGGAUUGUCCAGCCUCACAUAAAGACUGUCUGUAGAAGCCCCAUGGACCAAUCAGAGGAUUCCAUUUUCCUGGAUGAACUCAGACCUCCAGUCUGUCAUAACCCAUCUAUUUGUUGGAAUGAUUUAAUACACACCUUGACUUCUCCCCUGAACCAGAGGGAGUGACGUGUCCUUUAAAAUCGAAAUGUUAAUAAGGAGAGUGCUGAAGCAUGCUAUGCAAUCCCAUAGCCAGUGGGUGGCAUCAUUGCAGAUGUGGAAAUCAAAGGCUGUCCUCCAAUUGGCAUUUCCAGGGAAUUAUAUGAGUGUUUGCUGGAGGUGAAUUGAUUCUGUUGGUAAGAUAAGGGAACAAGUCAAGUAGGGUUGCAUACAGCAGCAAUGGUUCCCAAACUUUUUUGGUUACUGUACCACAAACUGGACUGUACUCUGCCCGGAGUACACCUGAAGUACCCCCUCAUGUGCAUUUUACAAGUAGGCCUAUGGUCUCAUGAGUCUUCUCAAGGUACCCCCUGUGGAUAGACCAAGUACCCUCCAGGGGUCCUAGUACCCAUGGUUGUGAACCACUGGCAUACAGUAUAUGACUCUUCAUGGCAGGUUUAGGAGUUUGUCAAUGUCAUGAUUAGACUAUUCCACACCUUCAUGAGGUAACUGAUGUUGACGGAGAGGGUCAUUGUAUGUAAUGGAGGGAAAUUCUGCUCACAUUUGAUUAAUUAAAUAAAUAUAUCAGUACCAGUCAAAAGUUUGGACACACCUACUCAUUCAAGGGUUUUUCUUUAUUUUUUAAAGCUAUUUUCUACAUUGUAGAAUAAUAGUGAAGACAUCAACUAUGAAAUAACACAUAUAGAAUUAUGUAGUAACCAAAACAGUGUUAAACAAAUCAAAAUAUAUUUGAGAUUCUUCAAAGUAGCCACCAUUUGCCUUGACAGCUUUGCACACUCUUGGCAUUCUCUCAACCAGCUUCAUGAGGAAUGCUUUUUCAACAGUCUUGAAGGAGUUCCCACAUAUGCUGAGCACUUGUUGGAUGCUUUUCCUUCACUCUGUGGUCCAACUCAUCCCAAACCAUCUCAAUUGGGCUGAGGUCGGGUGAUUCAGCACUCCAUCACUCUCCUUCUUGGUCAAGUAGCCCUUACACAGCCUGGAGGCGUGUUUUAGAUCAUUGUCCUGUUGAAUAACUAAUUAUUGUCCCACUAAGUGCAAACCAGAUGACGUAUCGCUGCAGAAUGUUGUGGUAGCCAUGCUUGUUAAUUGUGCCUUGAAUUCUAAAUAAAUCACAGACAGGGUCACCAGCAAAGCACCCCACACCAUCACACAUCCUCCUCCAUACUUCACGGUGGGAUCCACAAAUGUGGAGAUCAUCCAUUCACCUACUCUGGGUCUCUCAAAGAGACAGCUGCUGGAACCAAAAGUCUCAAAUUUGGACUCAUCAGACCAAAGGACAGAUUUCUACCGGUCUAAUGUCCAUUGCUCGUGUUUCUUGGCCCAAUCAAGUCUAUUCUUCUUAUUGGUGUCCUUUAGUAGUGGUUACUUUGCAGCAAUUCGACCAUGAGGGCCUGAUUCACACAGUCUCCUCUGAACAGUUGAUGUUGAGUUGUCUGUUACUUGAACUCUGUGAAGCAUUUAUUUGGGCUGCAAUCUGUUGUGCAGUUAACUCUAAUGAAUUUGUCCUCUGCAGCAGAGGUAACUCUGGUCUUUCAUUCCAGUGGCGGUCCUCAUGAGAACCAGUUUCAUCAUACCGCUUGAUGGUUGUUGCGACUGCACUUGAAGAAACUUUCAAAGUUCUUGAAAAGUUCUGCAUUGACUGACCUUCAUGUCUUAAAGUAAUAAUGGACUGUCAUUUCUCUUUGCUUAUUUGAGAUGUUCUUGCCAUAAUAUGGACUUUAAUAUGGACCCUAUUUGGUGAAAGACUAUCUUCUGUAUACCCACCCCACCUUGUCACAACACAACUGAUUGGCUCAAACGCAUUAAGAAGGAAAGAAAUUCCACAAAUUAACUUUUAACAAGGCACACCUAUUCAUUUAAAUGCAUUCCAGGAGACUACUUCAUGAAGCUGGUUGAGAGAAUGCCAAGCAUAUGCAAAGCUGUCAUUAAGGCAAAGGGUGGCUAUUUGAAGAAUCUCAAAUAUAAAAUAUAUUUGGAUUUGUUUAACACUUUUUUUGGUUACUACAUGAUUCCAUGUGUUAUUUCAUAGUUUUGAUGUCUUCACUAUUAUUCUACAAUGUAGAAAAUAGUAAAAAUAAAGAAAAAUCCUUGAAUGAGUAGGUGUGUCCAAACUUUUUACUGGUACUGUGUGUGUGUGUGUGUGUGUGUGUGUGUGUGUGUGUAUAUAUGUGUGUAUAUAUAUGUAUGUAUGUAUAUAUAUAUAUAUAUAUAUAACACAUAUACACAGUCGUGGCCAAAAGUUUUGAGAAUGACAAAUAUUAAUUUUCACAAAGUCUGCUGCCUCAGUUUGUAUGAUGGCAAUUUGCAUAUACUCCAGAAUAUUAUGAAGAGUGAUCAGAUGAAUUGCAAUUAAUUGCAAAGUCCCUAUUUGCCAUGCAAAUGAACUGAAUCCCCCCCCAAAAAAUUCCACUGCAUUUCUGCAGAAGGCUUCAGGGCACCCAAGAAAGUCCAGCAAGCGCCAGGACCGUCUCCUAAAGUUGAUUCAGCUGCGGGAUCGGGGCACCACCAGUACAGAGCUUGCUCAGGAAUGGCAGCAGGCAGGUGUGAGUGCAUCUGCACGCACAGUGAGGUGAAGACUUUUGGAGGAUGGCCUGGUGUCAAGAAGGGCAGCAAAGAAGCCGCUUCUCUCCAGGAAAAACAUCAGGGACAGACUGAUAUUCUGCAAAAGGUACAGGGAUUGGACUGCUGAGGACUGGGGUAAAGUCAUUUUCUCUGAUGAAUCCCCUUUCCGAUUGUUUGGGGCAUCCGUAAAAAAGCUUGUCCGGAGAAGACAAGGUGAACACUACCAUCAGUCCUGUGUCAUGCCAACAGUGAACCAUCCUCAGACCAUGUGUGGGGUUAUUUCUCAGCCAAGGGAAUGGGCUCACUCACAAUUUUGCCUAAGAACACAGCCAUGAAUAAAGAAUGGUACCAACACAUCCUCCGAGAGCAACUUCUCCCAACCAUCCUGGAACAUUUUGGUGACGAACAAUGCCUUUUCCAGCAUGAUGGAGCACCUUGCCAUAAGGCAAAAGUGAUAAUGAAGUGGCUCGGGGAACCACACAUCGAUAUUUUGGGUCCAUGGCCAGGAAACUCCCCAGACCUUAAUCACAUUGAGAACAUGUGGUCAAUCCUCAAGACGCGAGUGGACAAACAAAAACCCACAAUUUCUGACAAACUCCAAGCAUUGAUUAUGCAAGAAUGGGCUGCAUUCAGUCAGAACGUGGCCCAGAAGUUAAUUGACAGCAUGCCAGGGCAGAUUGCAGAGGUCUUUAAAAAUAAGGGUCAACACUGCAAAUAUUGACUCUUUGCAUCAACUUCAUGUAAGUGUCAAUAAAGGUCUGACACUUAUGAAAUGCUUGUAAUUAUACUUCCGUAUUCCAUAGUAACAUCUGACAAAAAUAUCUAGACACUGAAGAAGCAAACUUUUUGGAAAUUUGUAUUUGUGUCAUUCUCAAAACUUUUGGCCACGUGUGUGUAUGUGUAUAUUCAGACCCCUUUGUUAAAAAUGGUUACGUUACAGCCUUAUUCUAAAAUGUUAUUAAUCAAUUAUUUAAUCCAAUCUACACACAAUACCCCAUAAUGACAAAGUGAAAAGAUUUUUAAUUUUUGCACAUUUAUAAAAAAUUUAAACAGACCUUAUGUACAUACAUUUUCAGACCCUUUGCUAUGAGACUCGAAAUUGAGUUCAGGUGCAGCCUGUUUCCAUUGAUCAUCUUUGAUGUUUCAACACCUUGAUUGGAAUCUAUUUGUGGUAAAUUAAAUUGUUUUUACAUGAUUUGGCAAGGCACACACGGGUCUAUGUAAGGUCCCAUAGUUGACAGUGUAUGUCAGAGCAAACACCAAGCCAUGAGGUUGAAGGAAUUGUCCAUAGAGCUAUGAAACAGGAUUGUGUCAAGGCACAGAUCUGGGGAAGGAUACCAAAAUAAUUAUGUAGUGUUGAAGGUCCCCAAGAACACAGUGGCCUCCAUCAUUCUUAAAUGGAACAAGUUUGGAACCACCAAGACUCUUCCUAGAGCUGGGCCGCCCAGCCAAACUGAGCAAUCGGGGGAGAAGGGCCUUGGUCAGGGAGGUGACCAAGAACCCGAUGGUCACUCUGAAAGAGCUCCAGAGUUCAUCUGUGGAGAUGGGAGAACCUUACAGAAGGACAACCAUCUACACAGUACUCCACCAAUCAGGCCUUUGUGGUAGAGUGGCUAGACUGAAGCCACUCCUCAGUAAAAGGCACAUGACAGCCCGUUUGGAGUUUGCCAAAAGGCACCUAAUGACUCUCAGACCGUAAGAAACGAGAUUCUUUGGUCUGAUAAACGCAAGAUUGAACUCUUUGGCGAAGACUCACACAGCCAAGACAACGCAGGAGUGGCUUCGGGACAAGUCUCUGAAUGUCCUUGAGUGGCCCAGCCAGAGUCCGGACUUGAACCCGAUCAAACAUCUCUGGAGAGACCUGAAAAUAGCUGUGCAGCGACGCCCCCCAUCCAACCUGACAGAGCUUGAGAGGAUCUGCAGAAAAAAAUGGUAGAAACUCCCCAAAUACAGGUGUACCAAGCUUGUAGCGUCAUACCCAAGAAGACUCAAGACUGUAUUCUCUGCCAAGGUUCUUCAACAAAGUUCUGAGUGGCACGUCAGAAUACUUAUGAAAAUAUCACAUUUGUUUUUUUCAUUUGCAAAAAUGUCUAAAUUUGUUUUUGCUUUGUCGUUAUGGGGUAUUGUGUGUAGAUUUGAUGAGGGAAAAAACGAUUUAAUCCAGUUUAGAAUAAGGCUAUAAUGUAACAAAAUUUGGAAAAAGUCAAGGGGUCUAAAUACUUUCCGAAUGCACUAUAUGUCUUAAUGUUCCUGUGUGGCAGAGAUGAAACAUAAAGAAGAGGAGGAUCUUUAUUCAGGGCUGCUGACAGAUGCAUGUUACUGUAGGCAAGGUCCCACGUACGUUGUCCACGCUGCACGGAGGAAGUCCCCUCGCCUGACUAGGAGGGAGGAAGGGAGGUGAUUCUGGAAGGCAGAGAAGGAGCUUUGUCUCAAUCAGCAGACUCACUCUUCACAUUAUGUCUCUCUGGGAACCUGGAAUAGUCCUUCUCACCCUCAGAGAAGUGUGUGCGUGUUGCCAUCGACUUACUCGGUCUCUCUAGCCACUCUUGAGGUCAAGUGGUUUUAAUGCUUUAGUGUACAUUUUCUUCCCGUGUAUGUAUUCACUACUAUAACAUAUCUGUACAGUCCCUCAUUGCCAAAUGUAUAUACUGAAUGUAUUGUAUGGGGACAUAGAGGCAUCAUGUUUUCAACCUAAAUAAAGUAGAGUUUGAGUCCAAA